AUGGCCCCAAUAUCACUACUCCCCGCUUGGGAGCCAAUAGAGGAAGCAGGCCUCGCCAAAGCCAUUGUCUACGUUUCCAUAUCAGUAUCAUUGACGGCAAUCAUAGUGGUCGGUCUCAGAUUAUGGACGCGGAUAAGAGCAAAAUGUGUCGGCAUCGAGGACUGGCUUAUAUCGGCAGCGCUGCUUGUUGGACUCAUACACCAAGGCUUGGCGUCAAUCGGAGUGCAUUCAGGUCUGGCUGUGUAUGACGAUCGCAUGCCAAGUCAAGCUGUACAUCUCCAUGGUCGCAAGAUUGUGUUCGUCUGGCACUUCAUCUACAUAGUCGGCUGGGUGCUUGUGAAGCUUAGUGUCUGCACAGCAGUCCUGCGCAUCACCUCCCACCAACGACGGAGGUACAUCAUCUUUGCCACCAUGGCACUAUGUUCAGCGACAGGCAUCGCUUUUAUCGUCGGCCUGCUCGCUCAGUGCUCACCACUUGACUCUUUAUGGAGCCCAGACAUGUCGGAGGAGGCCUUGUCCCGUCGAAGGGCCGCAGGUCGAGUUGUUGCGGCGGUCUUUUAUCUCGUUUCGGCGGUCAACAUCGUCUCCGAUCUGGUUAUUGCCGUGUUCUCCAUCUUUAUACUCAGGCACGUGCGAAUGAAGAGGUACAUGAAGGUUUCUGUCGGGGCAGCGCUGUCUCUGGGCGUCUUGGCAUCUGUCGCAACAAUUGUCCGACUUCCAUACAUAUCCACUUACUAUACCGUGGAAAACCAUCUUCAUUCCAUGGGAUACAUUGUUCUCUGGUCAAUUGUCGAAUCAGGCGUCUCCAUAAUAGCCGCCUCACUGCCCAUGCUCUUCAAGCUCGCCAGCAGCGCUACAUCCCUGAUCCUCCAAGACAACGGUGUCCAGAUGCCCGGCAGGCAGCAAAAUCACGACCGCUACACCUCCAGUCGUGCUCCCACACAAGCGGCAGACCUCAUCACCAUCGGUCGCAUCAAAUCGAAACGUGGCCCCGCAUACGACAGCUACCUCAGCUUUGCAAUCGUGGAGACGGAUGAUCUCCGACCACCCGACAGGGCUGCGGUGCGGCGGAGCAAUGGGAGCUUGCGCUCAUCCUUCGAGACGGGGGCCUCGACCGCUAAUCCACCUUCGACCAGGUCAAGCAGUACUCUGUGCGAGGGACCAGAUGCUCAAAUGGCGGCGCUUGGACAGGGUCCCAUUCGGCCCGCAUCGAAUCGAAUCUAAAUCGUUUGCUUUUGCUUUUUCUUUCGACCAUCGAAUACGCAGACGUCAUUAAUUGGCAGGGGUCAAUACGAUGUCGAACAUCUCCUCCCUGGUGUCUUGCCUUUCAGGCUCCUAUUUUCACUUUUAUUUUUUUAACUCCUUUUUUUCAACAUCUGGAUACCCCUUUUUUUCUAGAGAUAUGGACAUCCCAAUCUCGAAGUACACUUUCUUGUAACAUCUCAUUUGUUUGCCAAAACACGGGUGGUUUUUUUUUUUUUUUUGUCUUCUCUUUCUCAGCGAACGAGCCGAGGGGGCAGGAGGG